AUGGCAGACGAUGAGGUGAUACCACGCAGGAGCCUCGAGUUUGCCGAGAGCUCAGUGCUGGAAGCUGUGGUGCCUGCGAGUUCCGACAUCGACAUCAAGAGCGAGAUCGACUCUUGGGAUGGUGCAGCAGACGACAAUGGUUCCAUAUUGCCGUUCCUAGCACAACGAAAUGUGCUACUUCUCGAUGAACUUUUAGCCGUAUAUGUUGUUUUCCAAACACCGCUGUUAGACGAAGCGACCUUGAAGUCGUACCUUGCAAGACUGGUGAUCAACGUAGAGGCCUUCGCAUUCAGUACGGUUCCCCCAUCUGAUCAAGAUCCAAAAUCUACGCCUCCCAAAGAAGUCAUCUUCUCAGGUACCAUCAAUCACACAGAUGAACCUACGGUUGUCAACCAUGGUGAAGGGGACAGUGCUCAUACCUAUGUUAUCUGGAAGGUGGAUGUUUUCAUAGCUCGCCCACAAGGCAGAUUUCAUAAGCCUGCAGUGUACUUCCAACCCACGGCCUCCUUCAAGCCAGAAGAAAAGCCUCAAAAAGACGCGUCAGAGGAUGACUAUCUCCCAAGUGGCGUACCCACACCCUUAAACCUGCUGCAGUCAUUCGAGAAUGAUCCCGCUCUUGUCGGUGUCCAUCCACGACUCUCAGCAAUGCGUAUCAGCAAGGUCACUCCAACUGCCCCUGCUGCAAAGGAAAUGGCUCGACCGAUUCGAAACGGACAAAGACCACUAUUUCGUGUGCUGCCGCCUUUGAUAUGGAGGAUACGUUAUUCGAGGAUUCAAGCAUCAAUAAGCGACCUGUCUUUAAUGGCCUCUCUAGAUCUGGAAGUCGCUCAAUUCGCUACCUACGACGUCAGAAUCAAAAAGGUCAGCCUGGCUUUGCAUGGAGGCAAGGUUCAAGAGUUGAACGAAGAGCUGGAUACCACGACGAGCCACAAACCUGGUGAUCAGCUAACGUUUCUGUACAAGAUCCGGCCUGAUAUUGGUACCGAUGGAACACCAGCACUCGGGAGCAAGGGUCAUUACUUAACGUUGAAUGUUGAGGCAAAUGUCACAAUGUCCGAUCAUUGCCACCCAGACAUUGCUAUCGAGUGGAAGACACCCGUUGACUUUCCGUCAGAACAGGCGCUCAACUUGGCCAGGGCUAGUCGGCCGAGUAGCUCUACAACACAGAGCGCGAACGCAGCCAAUCCCGACGCCCUUGUCACUCAAGAUGCCCAAGAUCAACCCGAACAGGAUGCUUCCCACAACGACGUCAAUGUCACCCUGACAGUGUCUGGGCCGCCUAGUGUCAAGGUUGGCGAGAUCUUCACGUGGGAUGUGUUUAUAGUCAACCGAUCGGACAAAACGCGAAGGCUGGCAGUUCUGGUCAUCGCGAAAAGACCGAGAGACUCGGGGAAGCACAAGUCACAUCCAUCCGUCUCUUCUGUAGGCGGUCCUCGAGCGGACAAGAAAGAGUUGUUUGGAACGGCGGUCGUUGACGAAAAUGUCGUGUACGCUAAGCAAAAGAGUGCGAGGACCGAUACAGCGGACUUGAUCUGCUUGACAACCGACAUACGGCUCGGGCAACUCUCACCCGGCUCCUGCUACACGGCCGACCUCAAGUUUCUUGCGCUUUCAGCAGGAGUAUUCACCAGACACAGACUGCUUUACCAGCUAAACAGCCGCUGGAUAUACGGGAAGAUUCCGCUGCUGCAUUCGAUAGUAUUCCUGCUCCAAAUGGCGGCCGUCAGCAUGCUCACGCGCAAGUACAACCAGUACUAUGCGGCGCGUCCAGUACUCACCACCAUGAUCACCAACGCCGUGUUGGGUGGUAUCGCGGACACAGUAGCCCAGACGCUCACCGCCGUGCGGGAGCGCGCAGUACGCAAGAAGGGCGGCCCAGGCAAGGACGACUUCCUGGCGAUUGAAAUCCACGAGCUCGACAGACGGAACCCGUUCAACGAGAACGACCUCAUCCCCGACUCGAAGAUACUCCCCCCGCCUUUCGAUUUCGAGCGAACCACAAGAUUCAUGUCCUACGGUUUCCUCAUGUCGCCAAUCCAGCACAGGUGGUUCGGCUUCCUGUCCAGGACUUUCCCUGUUUCAAAGACUGCGACAUGGUUGCCAGCCCUCAAGCGCGUGGCUUUUGAUCAGUUCCUGUUCGCCCCAGCUGGUCUGGCUGCCUUCUUCACUUUCAUGACUGUUGCCGAGGGUGGCGGCAAGCGUGCUGUGCAGCGCAAGUUCCAGGACGUAUACGUGCCUGCGCUCAAGGCCAAUUACAUGGUCUGGCCGGCUGUGCAGCUCAUCAACUUCCGAGUCAUGCCCAUCCAAUUCCAGAUUCCAUUUGUAUCUACCGUGGGUAUUGCUUGGACAGCUUACCUCUCUUUGACGAACUCGGCCGACGAAGCCUAA